GUCGAAAUAGUCCACAAAACUACUACAUGGAACAAUGGCUGGUUAUAACAAAAACAUUAUUUAUCUAACAUUAUUCGGAGUUUCUGGAAUAGUUUUAUAUUUAGUACUAUAUUUUAAAAUUACUCAAGGAUACAAUACUUUUGGAAAAUAUGAAGACCCGUACAAUCAAACGUUUUGCUCUACACGGCGUUCGAUCAAUCCUGGUGAAAAAAAGGAAAAAUACAUCACUGUUGAUUCUUUGAGAUACAAACAUUAUAUUACUUUGACAGAACCUCGUAGUGGAUCCACGUUGUUUGUCAGUUUGUUAAAGCAACACCCAAGUGUAAGAGACCAUUUCGAACUCUUACAGAGUCAUAACUUAAAACGUGAACAUGUAACAAUACAUUCUUCAAAUGAAGCGUUCAAAUACGUCAAAGCUAAAUUGAGUAAAAACUCUCAAAACAUCACAACUGGAUUCAAACUAUUUUGCGUUGAUGUAAAAACAUGGAACACUUCUCUAGCUGAGUUUAUAGAUCUCCUGGACAGGCCGGCGAUCAUAAUUCUAUAUCGACAGAACAUUCUAGAACAAUUCGUCAGCUUCAAAGUGGCAAUGCAAAACCAAGCUUGGAAUUCAAAAAUGAAACUAAAACCCAACAGUUCAAGGCUUGUUUUCGAUAUUGAGCAAUUUAAAGCAUUUGUCCUAGAGACAAAGAAAAGAUGGAGCGACGCUUUGAAAACAUUGAAAGGUUAUAACGAUACAUACGUUUUAAAAUACGUGGAUUUGUCGUCAGAUCCAUUCAAGGAGGUUCAGAAAGUGUAUGAUUUUUUAGGAUUCGAACAAUAUGACUCAAAACAAUUUAAAGUGGAGUUCAAGAAACAAGGAACGCUACCCUUGUCAAAGCGUAUUUCUAAUUAUGCAUCUAUUGAAAAUGAAAUUUCAAAAUUGAAAUCAUUCUACAUGCUUGAGAUUGAAUUAUAGGGUGAGCACAUU